UGGAGGCGGCUCCUGGCUCCGCAGUUCCCGUUUGGUUACCGGGCCCACGGUUGCCAAGGAGCUCGGCCGCCGUCCCGCCGUACCUGCGGCCAUGGAGAACACCGGCAACAGCUCCACCGCCUCGGUGCUGGCCGAGCUCCAGUGGGACGAUGGCUACGCCGUGCCCGUGGCUAAUGCGGAGAACAGGGCGCUGGAGGAAGACCUGCAGAAGAUGGAGAAGGAAAAAAUGAACCUGCAAAAUCAGCUGACCGACUUCAAAGAGCGUAUGGAAGCGAUGACAUCUCAUCUGAAAAACGUGAGGCAGGAGUUCAGCUUCACACAGUCUCUUUACAAAGCCAGAGAGAAUGAAAUUGAAACUGAACACCACUUUAAAGCCCUUGCUGAAAGAGAACAUGGACGUCUUAAAAGUGAGAUCAAACGUCUGGAAGAUGAGUCUGUUUCCUUAAGAGAAAAGAAAAGCAGUCAAGAAAAUACUAUAAAUAAAACCAUGAAGAAGCUGGAAAGCUUAAAACAACAGAUGAACUGCGAUGAGGAAGUUCUGGAGAGUUGGAUAAAGGAAUCAAAUCGCAAAGAUAAUGAUAUUAUGACAAUCCAGAAGUAUGCACAACAAGAUGAAGGGAAACUGGGAGCGCUAAUCCUUCAAGUAGAAAAGUUGACCAUGCAAGCAAAUCAGAAACGCAGAGCUCUUGAUAAUGAGCUUACAGAAACCAUAACUGCUCAGAUGGAGCUCGAUAAGACAGCUGAAGAUUUUCGCAGAGUUCAUCAGGAAAGGCAAGAAGUCAUCAGGCAGUGGGAGAACGCAAUACAACAGAUGCAAAAAAGAGAUCAACAGAUUGAUCGUUGUGCUUUGCUACUAGCAGAAUUAAAACAGGAGAUGCGAAAGAAAGAAAUGGUGCUGAAAGAGAAGGCUUCCUUCUUAGUGAAUGAAACUAUUAAUAAUAUGGAAUAUGAAAAGAAAAUUGCUGCUGCUGAGCGGGAAGCGACCAGUCUCCGGAACGAGUAUCAAACUCAGGAUACUUACAGAGUUCAGAUGGAGAGUGAGCUGGACAUUUUGAAAUCCAGUGUGGACAAAACUACCUCCCAUCUAGAGUCUUUAAGAGUACAGAUAACUAAUAUGAAGAAAGAAAUUGAGAAAAAAAAAGCCAGACUCAACUUUCUUAAUGAAAGAAAUGAAGGUCUUUCCAAUAAGUUGAAGCUUGUAACUGAGAAGACACUCAGUGCAGAAGACAAUGCUUUGAGGAUGGAAGAAAUGCUAAGGGAAGAAGAGAGAAUUGUCAAGGAAAAAGAAGCAGAACUGAAAAACCUAAAAGAAGUAUUUUUCAAGAGAACUCAAGAGCUCAAGGUGCAGAAGGAUAAGGAGAAGUGUGUUGUGGCAGAAAUCGAGGGCAGUCAAGCAUCACUUAAAAAUCUUAAUAGCCGUCUGCGCAGACUUGAUGCUGAUGCAUUAAAACAACAGGAAUUGAUAUAUAACCAGGAUUUUUAUAUUCAGCAAGUACAGAGACGUCUGUCACGGUUAGAAGGGGAGGUUAAUGCAGAUGAAAAACAAGUUUUGGAAGAAAAAAUUGCUGAACUUAAGAAAGCCUUAGAAGAAAAGAAAAGUGCAUAUGAUUCUUUAAAUGCACAGCACAAGAAACUUCAGAACGAUGUCCAUUUCAUCAAGAGAGCAAUGGAUAAGACAGGAGAAGAAGCAAAUGGUUUGAAGAUGAAGAUAGAGGAACUAAAUCUUUUCAAUGAGAAAUCAGAUCAAGAGUUAAAAAAAGCUAAAGCCAUUAAGCAGGAGAUGAUGAUUGAAGAUAAUCUCCUAAAACUAGAAUCGAAGCGUCUUCAAGAUGCGCUCUGUCAUAAGGCAGAGAAGGUUCUAACACUGGAAAAACAAAAGUUGGAAUUGAAGAAAGCCAUAGCAGAAAGAACUGAGGAAAUUAAGGUCCAUAAGGCAAUGCUGGAUUCCCAGAUCAGACUCGUGGAUCAGGAUCGGCAACGCAUAAGUGCUGAAUUUCAAGAUCGCCUAAAUAAAAUUGAUAAACUGAGAUGCAGAUACGAGAUUCUUACCAUUAUCAUGAUGCCACCUGAAGGAGAAGAAGUGAAGAGUCAGACCUACUAUGUAAUAAAGGCUGCACAGGAGAAGGAAGCACUUCAGCGUGAAGGUGAUGAUUUAGAUGCAAAGAUCAGGAAAGCUGAAAAUGAAAUUGUAGCUCUUGAAAACACUCUGCAAAUACUUAAUAACUGCAACAGCAAUUACCGAAACUCUUUCAAGGAAGUCACUGAGACAAGUGAGGAGUAUGAGGAAAAACUGAAACUAGAAGAAGAGAAAAGGGUUGCUGAGGAAAAAUACAGAUACAAACGCAGACGAGUCAGGGAACUUCAGGAAUAUCUCCAGAGCAUGGAAAAAAACCUGGAUUCUCUCCUGAAGCAGGAGGCCACCUUCCAUGAGCAAAAUAAGGAAAAACAAGCUGUUAUAUUGCAGCUGAACAAAGACAUAGAAGAACAGAAGCCAAAACUAGAAAGGGUUAUAAAACAGUGUUCCAGACUCUCCAAAGAGAUUCAGUCCCUAAAGAAAACUAAAACAGAAACACAAGAAGAGAAAGACAUUGAUCUCCGUGCAUUGAAGACCUUCAGCAAAACCAUCAACAAAUUGCUGGCUGAUGUUCUAAGUGCAAAUCCUGACUUAACUGCAUCCUUUCAAAAGUACUUUGACCAGUUCAAUCUAGAGCUGCCGACAGUUGCUUCUGCUGGGAGUAGUCAAAGUUCUCGAUCGCCAUCCACACAAAGCUCACUGUCUAGCAGAUCCUCCAAAAGCACAAGCUCAGGCUCUAGUCAGACUUCGUUGCUCAAAGUCGUGGACUUGAACUUAUCUGCUGACAUUCCCACAGAAGCAGCUGCCGGUUCAUCACCAUCCAGCAGAACCAGCACCUCUGACAGUUAAAAUCACAACUCUCAAAUAAGCUUUUGAAGGCCACAGAGAAGCCUUCUAAAUUGUUUAAGUUUCAGCUUAAUUUAUACAUGUCUACUGGCAAUUAGACCACUAUUUCUUUCUAUUUCUUUAAAGUAAGCAAUGUAUUAUUUACCAUAAUGGGUGUUUUGCAUAAGUCGACCUUAAAUAUCUUUCUGAUUGUGCUGCUGAAGAACAAAAAACCUGCAAAACCCUUUAGAAACCAGUAAUUUCCAUUGUAAACGAAAAUAGCUUUAACGUAACUAACAUUAAUUUUAGUUAACUGGUAUCUCACAAUUACUGCAGUCUCAACGCACAACGUAGAACUCCAGGUAGUCGGCUGACAGUAUUGUGCCUAUUCUGUGCCUGCAAAAGCUGCAGCGGGGGAAAUAAAUCUGUAAAGAAGGAUCAAGCUUAAUCUUAACUACAAAGAUGUCAUGUUUUCCUGUAACUGUAUUUCUGACCUUAACAGCAAUACAGAACAUUUGCAACAACCCAGGCAACAGUAUUUGGACAUUGUUUCCAGGUCACUCUUGACUUCUAAACAGUCAUCUCGGAUCUUACUGUAAUCCAAAGAUGGUGACACCACACAGCAGUGCAAUUGCAGUUGGUAGAACACUACUGCUUUGCAAAACUACGUGGUACCUUCUUGGCAGCUGACAUAUUAAGAAUUACUUUGCAAAGGUGCAGUUGAAAUGAAAUACAACUGGUAUUACACAUCAUUAGCCAGAUGUUAGCUAUUUCUAAAGUACUAAUAAAUAGUAAUAAAUUUCUUCUUACAAAGACA